AAGAGCUCGGGCAUCGGGCGAGCUUCACCGGGAUAUUUAGAAGGGCAUCCCCACACAUUUCAGACGCCUUCACAGUCACGCAAACCCAACACCGGAGGAAUGCGUAGCAAUACGGACCGGUGACUGAGAUGGAGUCAGAGCCUCCUAUCUCGAGCCAAGUGGACGACCGACCUGCCUGUGGAGCAUGUCGCAAGCGUAAGCUUCGGUGCUCACGAGAAACGCCAUUAUGCAAUCAUUGCCGAAGACAAGGGUCGGUCUGCGCAUACGACGGUGACCGCGAUAAACCUGGUCUCAAAACUGGAGCAGUUGAAGCCUUGAGGAGACGAGUUGACGCCCUUGAGGCUGCCGUUUUUGAGCAAGGCGCGGCCUCGGGUGAAGGCGAGCGGCCAGCCUAUUAUAGCAACAGAGAUACGGCGUCAGCAAUUCGUGAUGGGCUGGAAUUGCUCUUUGAGCAACUGCAAGCUCAACCACGGCGGAAAAGGCGUUGGUCACAGACGUCUGAGGCUGCCGCUGCUCGGCGUGAACAUGGAGAUGUGCAGCAACUGCAACUGCAACUGCAACAACCACAGGCACAAACCGAGAUCCCGUCUUUGCCGUCUAAUAAACGGCGAAGAGCGGAUACAGGAUUGAUUGAGCCAGAUGAUUUGGAUGAUCUAUCUGACAGUUUACCACCACCAGAGGUUCUCGAGGCAGUCAUUGACCUAUAUUUUUUGUUAGUUCAGCCAUGGAUUCCAGUUUUCCAUGAGAAGAGAUUUCGCCGACGGCUGAAAGACCCUAACAACAAAUAUCGUUUGGAGGUGGUUCUGCACGCCAUGUUGGUGGCGAUGCUCAAGCAUGUUGAUCGCAGACAGAUCACAGUAGAUCUUGGCGAUAUCGAGAGCAUCUGUGAACGGUCCCGUAAAAUUGUAAUUUUAACCGCGAUGGAUGAGUUGCAUGUUGAGAAUCUCCAGGCACUGGUCAUUAUAUGCUUCGAAGAUAUUGGGUCCGGAAGAGUCUCUCGUGCAUGGCCACUUGUCGGCUCUUUAACAAGGACUGUAGAAUAUCUUCAACUAAGUGUUGAGUCCGAGGACCAUGAUAAUGGUCCAAUGCUCCAGCCGCGGCCUUCGUUGCCCCCAUCAGAAAACUGGGUAGAGGAAGAAGAACGGCGAAGGGUAUUUUGGACAAUUUUCAACUUGGAUAGGUUUUGUUCUGUGACCACUGGUUGGAAUACUAGCCUAACAUCAAACGAUGUCCAUCGACGCCUACCGGCUGAUGGGGGCCUGUGGCACAAUGAAGAGGCAGUCACAACCCCCUUCUUUGGCAUCUGGGACAAAUCCGAAGGGAAAAUUGGAAAUCUCAUCGCCUUUCUCCCAAGAGAUUACAAUGCCGCUGAACCAUCUCGAGAUCGAUAUCGCCAAGGUGCAGAAAAUAUUCGCGAACCCGACGCAUCAGAACAAAAGGUUGACUUGUCGACUGUGGGCGCAUUCGCGUAUCGGGUUGAAGCGACCGAGUCGCUGAGUCGGGUUACGACGUUUUUCCUACAGCAGAAAAUAAACUAUCGCAAUCGACAAGAAAUGGGCAGCUGGCUCAUGAGAUUUAAGGAGUUGGAUUUACGGUUGGUUAGCUGGAAAAUGUUCCUACCACAGAAAUGGAAAGAUUCGAAUAUUUCACGCCAACCAACAGUGGUAACUAUGGACCCGAAUUUGACUCUUGCGCAUAUCACCCACAACACAUCAAUGAUUUUGUUACAUCAACGGAUCGCCUACCCGCCUCUCGAGUGGCUUGAAGUUGUCAAGCUUCCAACACUAUCUAGUGCGGAGACUUGUGAAGCUGCAGCUUCUGAGACGGCUAAUAUCACUCAAAAAUAUAUGGACAACUCUCCUGCUCAGGCUGUUGUAGAUAACCAGUUUGCAUUUUGCGUCUUUGUCAGUGCACGUGUUCUUUUAGUUCACUGGCGCUACUACAAAACGGACCUCUCUAAAGAUUACUGGACUCUAAUGAAGUUUCUCGAUAUCAUGUCAGGACGCUGGUCAGGCCAAAAUCGCGCACAACCCGCAAGCCAACAAAAUUCUACUGCUAAGUACUUCAACCAGCUAAACGAUAUAUACAACAAGUGUAUAAUCGAUCGGUCGUUUAAGUUAGAUGUUCUUGGGUACUCAAAUGAGAUUGAAUGGACAGGAAAAAGAGUUGUUUCUCGAGAUAGCCAGAAUGGGCACGGUGUGCGGGAAGGAGAUGGUAGAGACGCCAGCGAAGUAGAGACUGCCCGUAUCGACGCGGCUAUGAGUACGAAUGGCGAUCAUCAAAGUGCACAGGUUCGCCAUGUGCCAGGGAUGUCUCCGUUUCAGCGGCGACCAAGCGACGCCCCAGCUUAUAUGGGCGUUUCGUCACUGAAUGACUCCUCGUCGGAUAUCCCACAACAACCUGUGCAUAGUUUACACUCGGAGCCCUCCUCGGCGUAUCAUCCCUCUCAAUUUAUGGACGCCCAGGGGCCAGGUAUACUUAAUUCUAGCGACGGAAACUCAAACAAUGCAGCAAAUAAUCCGAUGAUGUUAAACUCGCCUUCUGCGCGGAUGGGCUACAACACAGGAAGCCCGGAUGAAUUAACCGCGGUUACGUCGAUUCUGCUAGACCAGCAGUACUCGGAAAUGGACAGGAUUAUUAGUUUGAACAACGCGUAUUUUGCGUCAGAUGUAGCAUACAUCCAGUAGAACGGCUUUUCAAUUUGUUUCUUACUUGAUGGCUUCUUUUAUUAAAAUACAUGCA